AUGGCUUUCUUUUGGAUGUGGGCCAACCUACUUCUACUUCUACACGGUGCAGCAUCAGCAGCCGAGGUCCGGGCCCACCCGUUCACUGACGUGACCCUCGACUGCGAGUUCUCCUUUAUAGAGGGCACGGAAAACCUCGAGUUCUACUGGGAGCGAGAAGACAUAAUAGAGGAGUAUGAAGCGGGAAAUCGCGACUUUUACCGCUUCUUCACGCACUACGACUUCUUUCAAGUGUUCACAAAGGUGGUUUACCAGUUCUACGAUAACGCAGAACAACUCGAAGAUCAGAACGCCUUGUAUGAGGGAAGGGUCUCUGUGGACCAGAACGAGAUUUCCGAGGGGAUUCUGUCCCUUCUGCUGCGAAACGUGGAUUUCAUGGAUGAAGCCAUGUACAAGUGCUCGGCUGUCACUCCCAACGGCAGAGGGGAGAAUAAGGUCAAGCUGAUAGUGGAAGAUUCUGAAAUGCCCCAGGUGAAGUUUGACAAGAUUGAUGAUAAAGAUGUGGUUACAUGCACAUCUAAGGGCUGGUACCUCACACCCAACGUGACCUGGUUAGACCGGGGAGAAAGGGACCUUAGCAACCACAGUACGGUGGAGGUCCUGGAGGAGCAGAUGAACGGCUUGUAUAGAGUGUACUCUGUCCUCAAAUACCCAGUCAAGUUAAACGAAAAAUAUGUCUGCCAUAUCACGGAGACGAAUGAAAACAACAAACCCAUCAGAUCCAUCCGGCGGUACCCAACGGCCACUUCUGAGCACUUUGGGGAUUUUAAGAAGCGCCAGGAGCACGAGCUUGUAGCCUGA